ACGGCUCAGUCACCAACCCACUCAUCACUCCUCACUCACUCACUCAAAACGAAAGCCAGCUCAGCUCAUCUGCUCACACCUCACAGGCUCACACCCACAGGCCGGCCGCCACAGCACCGCGGAUAGCAGAGCAGAGCGGUGAGCUGCAGAGCAGGGUAGCCGAGGUCGUCGUCGUCGUCGUCACUCGUCAGCCAUGAGCAAGGACAAGCACCACAAGCACGAGCACCACCUGCGGCGUUGCUGCGGGUGCAUGGCGUCGUGCCUCCUGGCGCUGGUCCUCAUCGUGGCCUUCGUCUCGCUGGUGGUGUACCUGGCGCUGCGCCCCUCGAAGCCGUCCUUCUACCUGCAGGACCUGCAGCUGCGCAGGCCCAUCUCGCUGGGCGACCCGUCGCUGACGGCGUCGGCGCAGGUGACGCUGGCCUCCCGCAACCCCAACGACCGCGUGGGCAUCUUCUACAAGCGCCUGGACGUGUUCGUCACCUACCGCGACGAGGCCGUGACGGUGCCCGUGUCUCUGCCGCCGCAGUACCAGGGCCACCGCGACUUCACCGUCUGGUCCCCCGUGCUGUCGGCCGAGUCCGUGCCCGUUGCCGCCUACGUCGCCGACGCCAUGAAGCAGGACGUCGCCGCGGGCUUCGUCGCGCUGCAGGUCAAGGUGGACGGCCGCGUCAAGUGGAAGGUCGGCAGCUGGGUCUCCGGCAGCUACCACCUCUUCGUCAGCUGCCCCGCCGUGCUCUCCGCGGGCUACCCCGGCGUCAACAACACCGUGACGUCGCUCAAGUUCGCCCAGCCCACAGGAUGCAGCGUCGAGGUGUGAGUUUGUGACCAAACAAGUGCCCUCCCUGUCCUGCCCCCUACGUAUUGUUGCGUGCUACUCAAAUUUCAUCUCUGGGUGCGCCGGCCGCCGUUAACUGGGUUCUUUUAAUUUUGUUCAUGUCUCGUUGUCAAUUCUCAUUCUCUUGUGGGCCGGGGGAAUAAAUUAUUUGCUUUCGCCAGAUGGCUGUCCAGAAACUUCAACUCAGUUGUACCAUGACGUGUAUUAAUUAUUUGAUUUCGUCCUUUUAUUAUCCUCAAAUGUUUUUACAAC